ACCUCCCUCUGGCGUUUGCUUAUAUUACAUCAUCCCCAUAAAAAUCCGUUUAUUAUAUUUAAAUUCACUUAAAUUAACACAGUGAGAAAUGUGUUAAUUUUAAAAAUUAAAAAGGCGAUUUUACCCUUCUUCUUCCUCCCCUCUGUUUGCCCUCUCUCUCUCUCAUCCUUUUCAUUUACCCUUAACUCACCUCUCUCUCUCCUUUUCUUCUUCUCUGAUUUCAGUUUUUUCCUUAAUCAAUUUGGAAGAGAGAAAAGAGUUCUCGUAUGCCAAUUCUAGCCCAGUUUAUUUGGGAUCAAUACACCCCAGACCGCCUUCACCCUCUCGGCCUCUCAUUUUCCUUCUUCUUCCAAUCCUCUCCAAAGUCCAACCGCAAUUUCUCAAGAAAAUUUUAUACUUCGCCUGAAAUGGCGCAUCAACAACUGCUGCCGUUACCGAUCCAACGACCUUGUCUUCUCCCCUGCAACACUAUAAAUAGCUCGCAACGAGCUUGUACUGCUCAUAAGCCCAUCCUGGUUCACUGUCUCUGUUCUGGGAGCGGCGGUGACACAAGAAACACUCCUGCUAAGAUUAAGCCGGAAGAAAUUCCUCCGAAUGCGCUUCGUCGGAAGAUGGAUCCUCUUUGGAGGGGAGGCUUUAGUUUAGGAGUUGACAUGGGAAUGUCUCGUACUGGCCUUGCACUCGGCAAAGUCUUCUCUCCUCGGCCUUUGUCUGUUUUGGAGUUUCGUGGUAACAAGCUGGAGUUGCGACUUCUCGAGAUUGCGGAACGAGAGUUUAAUACAGGGAGUACUGGUGCAGCACCUAGACAGAUAGGACGACGAUCCCGCUAACUGAUUAGCGAGCCGUGGGGGUUGCAAGGGGGGCAGGAGGCCCCCCUGCAUAGUAGGGGAUGUAGGGGGGCGUAGCCCCUGCUCGAAUUUUUUAUUUAAGGACAAUUGUAUACUUUCCGGAUUAGGGUUUUUUCGCUA